AUGUAUAAGGAUCUGAAGCUAAAUUUUUGGUGGCAUGGUAUGAAGAGAGAUAUGGCUCGUAGUGUGGCUAAGUGCCUUGUAUGUCAGCAGGUGAGGGCAGAGCAUCAGCGCAUCAUAGGUCUUUUGCAGCCAUUUCCUAUUCCGGAAUGGAAGUGGCAGCAUGUCACCAUGGACUUCGUUACUAGCUUACCUCGGAGGACUAGACAAAAUGACGUUGUUUGGGUGAUCGUAGAUCGAUUAACCAAAUCGGCUCACUUUAUUCCUUUCCGAGUUGGACAGUCGAUGGAGCAUCUUGCUCAGAGAUACAUGGAGGAGAUCGUGCGAUUGCAAGGAGUUCUAGUGUGCAUCAUUUCGGAUCGCGAUACCCGAUUUACUUCAGAGUUCUGGAAGAGUUUGCAGGCGAGUCUGGGGACCAGUCUCAGUUUCAGUACAGCUUAUCAUCCCCAGACCGAAGGGCAGUCAGAGAGGACCAUUCAGAUUUUGGAGGAUAUGCUUAGAACUUGUAUGCUUGACUUCCAAGGUUCGUGGGAAGAUCACUUGCAUUUGGUGGAGUUUGCAUACAAUAAUAGCUUCCAGGUAUUAAAACCCUUUAUCGGCAAGUUCGUCGUAGUUUACUUUGAUGAUAUCCUGAUUUAUAGCCAGAGUGGGGCUGCACAUCUGGACUGCUUGAGGGAGGUACUAACAGUUUUGCAGGAGAACAAGUUGUACAUCAAUCUGAAGAAGUGCAACUUCAUGACCAGUAGCCUUGUGUUUCUAGGCUUUGUUGUUAGUGCAGAGGGUAUUCAUGUAGAUGAAGAGAAAGUUCGUGCUAUUAGAGAUUGUCCUACCCCCAAGACUGUCAGCAAAGUUCGUAGUUUUCAUGGCCUAGCAACAUUCUAUAGGAGAUUUGUAAGAAAUUUUAGCAGCAUUGUAGCACCUAUAACUGAAUGCAUGAAGAAAGGGAAAUUCAAUUGGGGGGAAGAUGCAGAUCGAAUUGGUGGUGUUUUAUCUCAGGAAGGGCGUCCAGUUGCCUUUUACAGUGAGAAACUCAACGAAGCUCGGCAGAAGUGGACCACAUAUGAGCUGGAGUUAUAUGCUAUAGUUCAGUCUUUGAAGCAUUGGGUUGUGUUGAGAACUCUAGUAGUUCAUGACUUAGUGGCCUUGUGCAUCAUGAACAGACUUAGAGACAUGUGUAGCUCCAAUGCUGCUCCCCAGCCUUUGUCAAUUUUAGAUCUCGCUCCUUCUGCUCCCGCACCUCCGGUAAAGCCCUACAGCAAUGUGGAUCUCUCCAAGUUUAGAAUUCCGCUAAAGGAUCGCCUUGGUCCUCUACCUGAAGAUCGGGGCAAAGCUACUGUUAAGGAACUCUUGGGUCCGCUGAAUGAUUCUCGAGCUACCAUCCAGACUGGGGGUCAUAAGCAACCUCCUGUGAAUUCCGAAUGA